AUGUUUCAGGGUCAAAAUGACCACAAAUACACAAACAUGAAGCUGCUCUCAGUAACUGCUCUGUUGGUGCUCAUUGGAGUCUCUCUCGCACUUCCUGGGAACAGAAACCGUCGUAGCAACAGCAUGGAGAGCGAUACGGCUCACCAACGUGUAGCUCGCUCUGGCUCAGGCUCCACCUCAGACUCUGGUGAGACCACGACCACAGCUGCCACCACCACUGCUGCCACCACCACAGCUGCUGCAGGUGCUGCUCUUAGUGCGGCACAAAUACAACUGAUUCAAGCGCUCAUCGCAGCACUGGGGUGA